AUGUCUAUCGACUAUCCAAGACCUUGCAACGAUGGGUCAACUGACUUUAAAACGCAGCGUACCGAACAAUCUGAAUUCGAUUUUAAUGGCAUACCAAUUGGUUUCAGCACUGUAGGUAAUAUAAACUACAACCCUAACCAAAAUUCCAAUAUUCCACGUCAUGAUGAUGGAAAAUUUGUUUUGGAUACAUCUGCAAAUGAAACUUUGAAAAUCAAGGUAACGCCAUCGGAUGGCAAAAAAACAGUUGUUCAAAUUAUCAAACGCGAUGAUAGCUCUGUAUUGGAAUGUAACACAUUGCAGAUAGGCGCCGUUGUAAAGAACAACGAUGAUAUACCGGAUAAUUAUGAAGGAGAUGGAAAAUUUCACUUGUAUAAGCAUCUUAUAAACAAGGACAAACCAUUCCGCCGUUCAUUUAGUCCCAGUAACAGAGUUUCCUCUCAAUCAUCACUCGAUGACUAUCACUCACGAUUAAUCAAGAAAGCUUCCACUUACUCGAAAUCUUCAAACUGCGAGUGUUGUUUAACAAGCAGUGCAGUUAAUGAACAUACUUCGGACCCUUCUUGUGUAAAUGUUUCAAACCAACCUCCUUUAUUAUCACAUGAAAUAGAAAAGUUAUAUGCAACCCAAUCUAUAUCCAACAACGCUAGUUUCAAGAUAUUAUAUAAUAAACCAUAUGCGGCAUCUGAAUUCGAUGAUUCUUAUUUGAUUAACAAAGCAGAAUCACAUGUUCCUGAGGAUAAUUCGUUGAUUAAGUGUGUCAAAUCGGUAAUUAGUGAUGCGGCUAAGGCUUUGCAAUGCUUUAUGUGCGGGGAAGCAUUUAGCACUUGUGGAACAAAUAUUAUAAAUGCUUUCACCACAUGUAGUGUCUGUUCAAUGCAUAAAAAGACCAAACUCAAACCAGUUGAAAUUUGUCCUAGCUGUAGAAGUGACAACAGUUUUGCUGAUAAAAUUGUACCAACUGUAUCCAAUCAUUAUGAAGUUUUGGGACCUAACAUUUAUCGUAUAUGUAAUUCGCCUUCUGAAUCUAGCAUUUUAUCAUCAGACUAUCAGUUAGUUCCGUUUAAACUUAAGGAGUCAAUGGAGUCAGAUUUUACGUCUAUCAAUGAACAAAUUUUAAUACCAAGUACGAGCACCUCUAUUGACAACAAACUGAUUCCUGUGGUCAAUUGGUACUCGCCCUCUAAAUACUUAUCAUAUUGUACUUGUUUACAUAAGUCUCAGGAUAAUGGCCAAUCUAUCAAUCCAUUGGAUGGGUCAUUGCAAAACAUAGAUGCAUUGAAUAAAUCGGGAUCCUAUCCUCUCAGUAAUCCAAUAACGCCAAUUCCCCAUCAAUCACCAUCGAACAACUUUUUAUCACCGAUUCACACUUGUCACUCUCCAACUUCUACAUCUGGUUUCAUGGCUGAGGCUAUAUCAAUGCAGCAAAGCAUAUCCCCUUCCACAACUAGAACGCAUUUGUCGAAAGUGGAUCCGCAACUGAUAAAGGAUUCGUUAAAACAUGGAUCUGCGGCUAAAGUCACUAAAAACAUUGUAAAAGGAAUUAUAGAAACACAGCAGUGCAAGUUUGAUAAUUCUCAGCAUAUUUCCUUUAACAAAAUUGUUAAGUAUCCACAUGUGUUGUUGACAAUUGAUAACAUACGUAAUGUUGAACACAUAGACCGAGUUUUGAUUACUUCUGGAAAUUUUGUUCUUAACUAUAAAGAUUUAUGUAUUAAAGGAUUACGGAUACCUACGGUUAAGCUGGAUCAGAAUUACAUUAAAGUAGUAUUUGAAAUAUCACCAUCAACUACUGCAGCAUCUAGAUUGCUAAUACAUUGCGGUAUUGCGCAAAAGAAGAAGUUUUAUUAUGUAGAUCUUCCUCUGGAUCUAACUGAUCCCGCUGAAAUCUCUGGAGAUAUCAAUCUCUCUCUACAUGGUUCCACUGACACUAACGAAUUAGAUGAGUGUAAUAAGCCCAAACUCACUUAUAAGAUUAGGAAAUUUAUACAAGGUCUCUAUUAUAUGACUUCACUACCUUCACUACAAUCAAAAUUUCAAUAUGUUUCUCUCUAUGGAGACCAAUUGGAUGAACUUGUUGCAUCAAUUGUAAACAACAUACCAUCUUGCUUGUGUAGUAACAUUUCCAAGCAAAUGGACGGAUCUUCUUAUUCAUACGUCAUCAAUGGUAUACCUAGCAAACUUAAAUUUGCCGGAGAUAUUUUUGUUCAGAAUGAUUACUACCAGGGAAAGCUCACAAAUUAUCUCCAACAAUCUAAAUCUCAAAUUAUCAGCACUCCAAUGUCCUAUGAUGUUUGCUCCGUUCCCUUAUUUGAACUGCCAUUAUUUGUAAAUUUGUUGCAAAACGUUUUUGCUGAGUGGACUAAAUUUGUUAUGCCAGCCAAAAACAUUCUAUUCCAUGCUGAGUUAAUUACUGCGCUCAAAGCUCAUGCAACUGCUAUGAUUGAAGAACUUUUGAUCAGGCUGAUUGAGUAUUUGGACGGUCCAAUUCUUCGUCCAAAUUUUAAUAAAUAUUUAGCGCCUCCUCUCAUCCAUUAUGAUGAAGAUACCCUUGAUAUAGAUAACAAUAAUAACAAAGGUUUGUUUAGUUACUUGUGGCAUGUGGACUCGUGCAAGAGUUUGGUGGGGAAUAUAAAGUUAGUAUGCAGGGUUGAUCCUCCUGUCAUCAAAGAUGGACGCAAGAUGGACAGCGAAGAUAUUCCCCAAAUUGCGCUGGUGGAAUUAUCGGACGUGUAUAAUACAGCAGAUGGACUGAGGAUAGUUAAUAAUGUCAUUGAAAUGGAGGUGCAGAGGAUAUUAUCGUUGAAAAAUGGACAUAAUGACUUUAUUGCGUCAAUUGAAGUAGAAAUUAAGCGACUCAUGCAUUAA